AUGAGGUGUUACAGGGGCACAUGCGCACUGGAAAGAGGGGAAAGCUUGAGAGACCGCCGCUGUCCCUCAUGCAGUGGGCGCAGCGGGGACCUCCUCCUUCUUCUUGCCAAAGAUCUUCAUGGCCGAGUAGAUGCCGACGCCCCAGCCUGCCAGCACCACGAGCACGGUCUGCUCCUCCUUCCAUCGCCCAACCUGUUGAUAUGA